GCAAAUUCCUGAAAACACAGCGCCGUCCCCUACUCUCCUUCCCCUUUUUUUCAUUCUCUCUCUAAAUUCUAAAUUUCUGAAAACCCUAAGCCUAAGCCCGCCGCUCCCCGCCGCUCCUCUCCAGCCAGUCCGCCACUCCUCUCCAGCCGGUCCAACCGUCCAAGCAAGCAGUGAGGUUUAUCAAACAAUCUCCUGCAAGGUUGUUAAAGUUUAAAGUUUAAAAAGUCAAUCGCGUGCGUGGCCUCCCUUCUCAGUUCUCCUUUCUUAGACUCACCAUUAACCUUCUCCCUUCUCCAAAAAAAUGUUAUAGAUAAGAUAAAUUAUUAGAAAAAAGAACGAAAUAAGACGAAAAUCAACUUAUUUCUAAAAAUAAGCGUCUAAUUUCCAAACCUGAGGUUUGGUUCUGUUCGCAGUUAGUAACUACGAACAGAUGCUUAAUUUUUUAAAAAGGCAAAGAAGCUGUUCGAAUGGGCUUAUUAGUGACUGCAAACAGGGUAAAAAUGUCAACAGCAACAGCUUCUUUGCCUUUUUAAAAAAUUAAGCACCUAUUCGCAGUUACUAACUAUGAACAGAACAAACCUCAGAUUUGGAAAUUGGACGCUUAUUUUUUUAAAACAAGUUGAUUUGCCUCUUAUUACGUUCUUUUUUUUUUAAUAAAUUAGCAUAUCUAUUUCAAUAAUUUUCUCUUCUCAAACCCACGAACAAAAUCCCUGAGACCCAGUUACCCACCCACGACCGGAGGAGUGACGACCGACUCCACCCACCCUUCGCCGGCAUCUCUUGCCACACGCCAGACGCCACCCUUCACUGCUGUUCGUUGUUCUCUGAAAUUUCUAUAACCCAGUUCAUUGUUCGCACUUCACAAGGCCACUGCCCACUGUUUCUGCUACCGUGAACCAAUAAGCGUGAGGUCAAGGCCAUUAGGCCCACCGACUCUGACGGUCACCGUGAACUGUAAACACCACCAGACCAAUCCACCUUCAAUUCAAUUUCAGAAUAUGGAUACCUCAAGUCCUGCAGUUUUUGUCAAUGGGGAAUUGCUUCGUAUGUUUAUUGGGCGGAAAGUUCGCAUAGUUGUUCAGGUGAUGCAAUCAGAUGCAGGAUCUAUAAUCGGAAAAUCAACUGAUAAUCAACAGGUUAUCAUUAAGAACUCACAACCAACUCAGCCACUCACCACAUAUGUUGAGGCUAUUGGUAUAGCAGACAGUAACCAAUCUGUUCGUGCUGAGAUAUUGACCAACUUUGGUGAUAAUUUUGAUGCACAGAACUAUAAUGAGCUAUGCCAGCUUGCUAAUGGGGAAUAUAAACACUUGUUCCUUUGAGGCUUUGAGCUAUGAACUUUGGUUAACUAUUGAUGGCCUGUUCUUUUACUCUAGCUCUUAAUCAAUGUAGUUUCGGUUUAUCUAGAACUAAUAGCGGUUUUUCAGUAAGCUUAAGCAACUUUGAUCUGUUCAUCUAAAAAAUCAGUGGAACGUUUAGUUUAGUAUAUUAAAUUUUAAUUGUAUGUUUUAAAAGCAUUUUCUUUACAUUACAAGUUGUGUAGUCUACAACAUUGAAGCCAAACAUGAAUCUUCCAACCGUUUCAAGGACUGAAGAAAACGACCACGUAACAUCAGGGAGUCUUGAAUUGGAAUCACUCACCGAUGGAAAGAGAUAUUGACAAUUGAGAAUGAAGUGUCUCAAAUCAGUAUUUUAGUUUGUUAUUUUAAUUAAUUAUUACUUUGUUUCUUGCUAGGAAGUCAAUCCAUUUGAUGUAUAUAUAACAAAGAAGAGGGGAAAAUUAAUUCAAUAUCAUGUAUGUAUAAGAACAGCACGAGACGAUUUCAAUAUGAGACGAAUAGCUUAAUCACCCCAAUUAUAAUUUUUUUGUCAA